AUGAGCUCAAGGCAACAUCCCAAGUAAACAUCCAACAUCCAGCGGACUGCCAAAACCUUUCAGGCAAGAAAUGCCAAUAGCAGAUCUUUUGGGAGUGCGCUUUGACAUGCAGCUCUUGGGGAAGCUGACCUUGUCUGUGGCCGCCGUCGUGCUCAUCUCCUGGGCUUACAGAUACUACAGCUCCAGGGCUCAAGGCCAAACACAGACCGACGCCACAAUCCCUCGGCCCAGGAACAGUGAGACGGGCCCUGAAGCCUGCAGCAACUGCGAAACAUCGUUGCAACCCCAGGACCGAGCCACGAAAGAGGAUUCUAAUGGAGAAAGUCUGCCUCGGCAAUCCUCAGAGGACUCCAGGCAAGAAAUCUUUGAACUGGAGAAAACAAAUGCCGUGCUUAAAAAGGAGCAGCUUAAAACCUGUACUGAGGAUUGUGCAAACAACGCGGCGGAAAAUUCUCCUUCGCCAGGGGAGUGUAGCAUGGAGGAUUGUGGCCAAUAUGCACACAAGGCAAAGGAUGAGGCAGUAGGGCAUAUAUCAGAGUUGACAUUAGGAGCUCACGACCAUUCAAACACCCCGACUGGCAGUCCAGCUGGGCCUCGUUCACCAUGUCUGCUGAGAAAGCUUGAAGGUGGCAUUGAGGUUGGCAGAGAGCUCAGGCAGGAGUUGGGUCAUAUGGGCAUGUUCUCCAGGUUCCAGUCAAAGGCAGAGAUCAAAGUGGAGAAUGCUGACCUGGUCUUGGAGGGGCGGGGUCAUCAGUGCACUGGAGUACGCGGGAAGAUUUACGAUUAUUAUGUUGAGACAUCUUCGCAUUCCAUCUCUGACCUCAGCCCUGCCCAGUCGCUCAGCCCCACCCACUCUCUCAGCCCUGCCCACUCCCUUAGCCCCACCCACUCUCUCAGCCCGACAUUUGGACCGUAUGAAACCGAAACCUCGUUCGAUACACAACUUUUAGGAUUAGCCAACAUCAUGGGCAGAUCGCGAACACCCAGCCCCCUACCUUCCUCCUUAAUCAUUAGAGAUCUGGAAUUCUCAGCUGAGGGAGACAUGCCACCUCUAUCUGCAAUCAGAUCCGAACCGGCAAGACCCGUCAGGCCAGCUCUGAUCCGCAAGGACAGCUACCUUGCUGCAGCCACGCAUUCUGAACUCCAGGUGCCUUCACCUCCACCCUCGAACCCAACACCCCGCAGUCGUCCACCAGAACCUCUUGCUGAGUCACUGCCACGCUCGUCCUCUGACUUGCCGAGAGAAACAACAGACGAUAAAAACGAGCCCUCUGAUGAAGCGCAAGUAGAAACCGUGGCCAGAGCAAAGUUCCUGAACUAUCCCCGAGAGAACCUGGGAAGUUCAGAGCUGGAGAGUUUAACUGGAAAGCUCGAUUUAGGCAACUGCCUGGAGGCACUCGUGCUGGCCAAGAGGUACAGACACGGUGCUCUUCGCCAGGCUGCUCUCAGGGUGAUGUCUGACAAUUUCCUGCAGGUGCUGAGAGAUCCAGCCCUGUACGGCCAGCUGAAGGCAGGCGAACGGGAUCACAUCCAGAGACAACGCAUGAGUGGCAGAAGAUGCUUAAUGGUGGCAGACAUGGAGUCACCAGACUGGAGUAGAUGUCGAUCCAAAUCGAGCAGCGCCGAGGCUGUUAAAGCAUCCAGUGGGCUAUAUUACUAUGAUGACUACAAAGACACCUGGCACCUUCAGUGUCAAAUCCCUCAGGAAGUCUUAUCCAAGGGCUGUGCCAUGUGCACAUUGGACAACUACCUGUUUGUAGCUGCAGGCUUCCAAGGCACUGGCCGCCUAGCGGUUCCUUCAAAGAAGGUGUUUUGUUACAAUCCCGUGACCUCCAUCUGGACUGAGAUCUGCCCGAUGAAUGAGGCCAGGCCUCACUGUAAGCUUGUGUCCCUGCAGACUCACGUCUAUGCCAUUGGAGGGGAGUGUCUGUCAACAGUGGAGCGCUAUGACCCCAGGACCAACAGAUGGAGCUUUACUGCACCGCUGCCCAAUGAGACUUUCGCUGUUGCCCACCAGGCCACGGCUUGCAACGGGGAGCUUUUUGUCUCAGGGGGCACUCUGAGGUACACGCUCUUACGCUACAACCCCAAGACCGACGCAUGGAAGCAGAGCGUGAUGGUGGGAAGCAGAGAGAGGACCGUGGAGAUGGUUGCGGUCCGGAACUCCCUCUACCGCUUCGACGUGAACUCCUCUAUGGGCAUUAGCGUGCACCGCUACAACGCCGUGUCACGGCUCUGGUACGAGUGUUACAACAAGCGAAUGGCACACUGCCCCGCCUUCCAGUGUGUUGCUAUGGACGACAUCAUCUACUGCGUCAGUCGGCAGUUCACCUUGCGGUUCCUCGCCGAUGACGUGACGCCAGGGUUUGUGGCAGAAGAUUUAAAAGUCCUCUCGGCUGCUAAGGGCAUUCUGUUCCCUUCUGUCCUUGCCCUGCCUGAUAAAAGCACUCUUCAGACCCGGGUUUGAGCAAGGUCAACUCAUGCCAGUGAAAGGCUAAGCGGUAAGAACUCGCAGUUCAUAGUCGAAGACCAGAUUAAGCCCUCAAUACUUCACGGCAAUGCAUAGUCCCCCUAAUCAGUGGCAGUAGGAGUGAAAUAUCAGUGCUAUUAAAGCCAGUAAUUGUAAAGCAAGAUCAGAUUUAUUACACACUCUCGGCUAGAUAAAUCUGCCGGUUCAAUGAGAGCUGUUUGUUAUUGGGGUUUUCCCAUCCACUCUUAGUUUAAGUAAACUCUUAAAUCUUGCUAAUGCCUAGUGCUACUGCUUAAAGUUGUUUCACUCUAAUAUACUGCCCUGAAACACAAACAUACUGCUAUGAAACACUAUAAGCAAAAUGUCAAAUCAUUAAUAUGUAGAGCAAAGCAAUCACUGAAGCUGCUGUAAUGAAAAACGCAAACGGUUGUCAUUUCUCGGAUUUAUGGAAGAUGACAUAAGGAUAUUCAUGACACGCUUGCUCUCGUUCCUGUUUGAGA